AUAAAUACUUAAAAGUCACAUUAGAACUUCAAUGUCAAUCAAUUUUCGAAUAUGGCUUCAAAUUUCACGUUAUCACAAAAUUUAAACUCAUCAAAUGGAUUGAUGGUUCCGACAGUUUUAUAUACACUUCCAGCUGUAUAUCUAUGCUAUACAAGCUCCCGAAAAGUCUGUUUAAUGCGAAGCGGAUGGAUGCGCGAAGGAUGUGUAGCCGUUUUAUGCUACUUGGUUAAGACAUUGCACUUCCUGGUAAAUUUUGCGAAUUUGAUGGUCAUUUGGAUAAUAUUUGUGUUGCUGUUGAACAAAGUGUUCUUGCAGCCCGACACCAAUUAUCGAAUGGAUAACACAAACUUCGUACUGGACCAACAGAUUUUCCGCUUACUUCGUACAGUGUUUCUGUACACAAUCGCUUUCGUUCCCAGUAUCAUUAUUUACGAAUGGAAAUUUCGGAAUUCUCGACUGCAACGGACACGAGUGAGCCGAUCGAACUAUGUACCGAUCACUGAACUGGGUAAUUCACACGAAAUUUUAGAUGUGCAUCGCGGCAAUAUUGUCGAAGACUUGUCGCUUCAUUCCGAAUACUACUCGUCAAUCAGAGGUCAAAAGAAGCAAUGUUUACGGAAACGAAAUGGAACGGUGACACACGUAAGACCGAAUCGGAGAAACUGGGAAUUCGUUGACAGUAACGAAAAUGAUUUACUUGUGCUGAGGAAUAGUUUGUCAGCUGAGAGCAUUCCUAUGUUUCGGACGGUUCAAUAUUUUAACUCGAUUUAAAUACUUUGGGCAUGGUAAAGACGGGUGUGAUUAAAUUAGACAGAAAAAUUGAUAGAAAAAAUCGAGAAAAAAAAUUUCAUCGAUCCAAGUCACAUUUUUUAGAAACGACAAGCGAUCUGUUAUCGACACCAACAAAAAACAAUAAUAGAUGAGAUCUGGAUAGUAUUCUCUUGUAUAGCAAAAUGUAU